UAAGUGCGGUCGUGUUUUUCCUAAUAGCUGGUGGUUUCGCGGGAACUUGUGCAAGUGAGUGAGCUGUGUGCCGGAAUUUGGCUCGGAUUGGAUUCGGAAUAUCUAGUUGGGUUUAAGUGUUGUGGUUUUUCGGGAGAUUGUGGGAUUAAGUGAAAAUGAGUUUAACGGCUGCAGGUUCGUCACCGGGAUCGACCCCUUCCGGUACCACGAAAUCCAUGGCUUCGACUCCGUUUUCGAUAAACGAUAUUCUGACGAGAUCCCGGGUGCUCGGUAACGGUGACAGUGAUCGACGCAGCUCGAUAGAAUCCUCCGGCAAUGAGGAGGACUUCAACAAUUCAUCGGAACUCUCACGGUUGCAAAAGUGUUACAAGGCAGGGUCCCUGGAUCAUAACGAUUUCUACGGGAAACUCAACAUCGCUGCGUACUAUCAUGGAAACAACAACAACCACAAUGGCUUCAAUCUGUCCAAUUUGCAUCCGCAUCUAAGGCGAGGUUCGUUAGAAUGUUUUAUGGUUCCUGCCGGCGGCGACCGUUCCGGAUCCAGUCCUUCUUCCAGAUGUCCAGCUGGCACCGGCACGGAUUACGAGGAAGAACGUCGCUAUGAACAGCACAUCUCCAACAGCUAUCACAAACCACAGCAAAGGAGCGUCGUCGGAGGAGGCCGAAGCGAAAGUCCCCUUGAUAUGCGACGAUCCGCCGAAAACGGAAUGGAUUCAGACAGCGACUCUCCAACGCCCUACAGUCAGCUGUCGAUGCACGGUUCGCACACCGAUGACCUGCCCGCAUCCGGUGGCCGCAAGAAACGAUCCCGGGCGGCCUUCAGUCAUGCCCAGGUCUUUGAGCUGGAGCGUCGCUUUGCCCAGCAGCGGUACCUUUCGGGCCCGGAACGGUCCGAACUGGCCAAAAACCUUCGGCUCACGGAAACGCAGGUAAAAAUCUGGUUCCAAAAUCGACGCUACAAAACCAAACGGAAGCAGAUUCAGCAACACGAAGCCGCCCUUUUGAAUGCGACAAAACGAGUUCCUGUUCAGGUUUUGGUCAGGGAAGAUGGAAGCUACGGCCCUGCGGCAGCGGCUGUUUUGGCCGGACAACCGCACUACGCUUCCGGGUUGGAUCCAGCACUGUUGAACGUCUAUCGGCAUCAGAUCCAAAUGGCCUACGGAAUGCCGGUCCCCCCGAUGCCGUUUUCCUACUUCUACCCGUCGAAGCUCCAUGCCGGAAGCAUUCCGGUGAUUGCGGCUGCUGCAACUGCAACGCAGCAGCCAGGCUCCAAACAGCCGCUCAACUUCUCCCGCUCCCGGUCUCCACCGGCUCCGGUCGGUGCCUGUGCAUUGGAUUCCUCUUCCGAGCAUGGACAGGAACCACGCCUGGGCACACCUCCGGGGCAACGCCUCAGGAAUUGUUCCCGCAGCGAGGACGAAGAGAUGGUUUACGAGAAGAAUCGAUCGGUAAGAGCGUCUCGAGGGGGCGAGUCACGUUCCCACAGUCGUUCCGAAGAUUGCGAAAUGGUUUCGGUGGGGGAGGAGGAGAACGAAAAUGUGGAAAUCGAUUGAAUUCUCGUUGCUUUUCCGUGGCUUAGAAGAGAAAGAAAAUAAUCAAAAGAACCGUUCAAAAGUACUUUUAAGUGUUUAAGAGUGUAGUUUUAGUUGAAAACUGU